ACGAGCAGAUUGUCGCCCCUGCCUCAGAGACCACCACAAACCCACCAAGCUGCAUCACUUGUCAAAACUGCCACAACUUGUUGCUUGCAAGCAAAGUGAUUUUCACCCUGCUAACAUCAUUAGACUUAAGCUUUUUAUUUCACAAAGAAGUCAGUGUCUGUACUUUACUAUUUUUGCACUUUUCCCACUUCAGUGUCACUGCUAUCUGGUGACAAAGAACCCAUUUUGAGCACACAGCCAACAAAUGUCCUCUAACUUGUUUUAAAGUUGACAGCUGCGAAAGAAAUGGCUCACGUUCUCACAGUUUUUCUUUUGCUGUCUUAUCUGAACAUUGUGACUGAGGCGAAUUCAACACUUCAACCGAGAAUGACUUUCACAGAGAAAGACACCACAUUUAAGAGCUCACCUUCACCUGUACAGCAGGGCCCUGUACGGGUUCUGCUCAGAAACCAGCCGGAUAUGGUCACAACUGUGGGACAAACGCAUCUAAAUUUCUACAACUUUCAAAACCUCAACAAGGGUCCUACAGGAGGGCGGGUGCAGUGGAACGAAUGCAGCGGCGCUGAUUGUGACUAUAGCAUCACAGUGGUGCAGAAGAGGCCAAACUCCACAGCGCUGUUUGUCUGUGGAACCAACAACAAAGAAGCACAGUGCUGUGACGUGGAUAUUUCGGAUCCAUCGCCCUCCUGCAGCCCCCAUGAAAAGAUGAAAAAUAUUAAAGAAAGCAUUAAAGAAUACAUCGAUAAGGAAAGUGAGCACUCCAUCCUCGUGGAAUCUGAACAAAGUGCCGAUCUCUAUAUCACAUAUUCUGGAUCUCAAGACCGCGUUGGCAUUUACAAGUUUGGAAGCAGAACAGUAAUGCCAGUCAACCACGAUAAAGAGCAGCACUAUGCAGGUUUGGUGCUGAGCAGACGGAUCGACAGUCCUUUACAGGACAGAGUGUACGCCUUCUAUAAGCAGAGGAACAGAGACACUCGAGUGAACAGUGAGAUGUGGACCUCCUUCGUCACACAGGUUUGCAUGUCAGAUGUUGGUGGUCCCAAGAACCUCCUGCAGUUUCGAUGGACGUCCCAGUUGAAUGCCAGAAUGCUCUGUGGAGACUCUGAAAGGAGACAGCUUUUUUCUGAGCUUGUAGACACGGCUACUGUUCAUGCAGACCACUGGGAAAACACCAAGAUCUAUGGACUCUUCAGAAACCAAUGGGGGAUGAGUGCUGUGUGUGUCUACACCAUCCGAGACAUUAACGAUGUCUUCAUGAACUCUUCGUUUAAUGGUCAGACUUCUGAGACGACGAAAAACAGACAGAGAGAUUGUGUUGAAGACAGCAGCAAAAUCUCGUUGAACAUCCUCAGGAUGAUUUACAAGAAUUCUGAGUUGGAGGAUUGGAUCCAUCCUGUGGGCAACUCGAACCCUCUUCUCUUCAGUCACCACAACUACACUCACAUCUCCGUCGACAGUUUCCAGCAGAAGGACAACAGUCAACAUCCGGUCAUCUUCCUCUCUCUGAACAACGGAAGGAUUCAUAAAGUGUUGCAACAUCAAAUUGAACCCUUUAUCAUCGCUGAGUACCGACCCUUCAGCCACACAACUUACAUCACGAGCAUCAACCUACACUCUUCCUCUAAAAAGCUGUACGUCAACUCCAGAGAUCAACUGGUCCAGGUUGAUGUUGCCAACUGUACCCAGUAUGGAAGCACCUGCCAGGAUUGUAUCUUAUCCAGAGAUCCCUACUGCGGCUGGAAGGACGGCCUCUGUACAUCUGACACGCAUAAUGCUCUCCAGGAUGUGGCCAGAGGAAACCCUGCUCUCUGUCCAUCAGCAACGUCAAAGUCUCAAGGAGUCAGACAUGAAAUGAAAGCUGAACAUCGAAGUGAAAACAUGGUCAGCGUCCCCUUUCGGUCCAGGUACUUCUUGACCUGCCCAGUUUCGUCCCAUCAUGCUGAGUAUAUCUGGAAAAGUCCUGGCCAGACCACAAACUGCAGCUCCAAGGGGGAGCAGUGUGUCCACCUGAUCCACAGCAUGGGUCCUGAGCAGGAGGGACUCCACCAGUGUCUCUCAGAAGAACGGGGCUACCACAAAGUCCUGGCGCAGUACCAGCUAAUGCUGAAGGGCAGGACGGAGAGCCUGAAGUCAGGUCUGGUCUUCUGGGUUUGUCUGAUGACCAUUCUCGUUAAGGUUUUGUACUGUUAGAUUUAGGCAUUUCAAAUCAAUCAAUCAAUCAAUCAAAUUUUAUUUCUAAAGCGCCUUCCAACUGCCAAACGGAGCACAA